AUAAUUCACCUGCAAACAUUUUGAAUACAACAACCAAUAUUGCACCCAAAACCACUUCCUCAUAUACAAUUCUCCACAAUAGUAAAAAAUACACACAUAUAUUUUUUUGUUCUUAUAUACAAAUUUGGAGAGAUAUAUUGGGAUGGAGUUUCUUGAGAUGUCUCGAGUUUGGUACAUAGUCUUCAAAGUUUUCAUCGUAGUUCUUUGCCUCAUGUUCUUGAAGCUCUUUGUGCGUUGUUGGAUAUUGCCGGUUCGAGCUCAAAAGAAGCUUAGAGAAAACGGAUUUUUCGGUCCAACUCCUAGUUUUCCAUUAGGAAACCUUAAUGACAUGAAGAAGCUGAAGAUGGCCUCGGUUAUGGUGGAUAAUAGCAAAUCUUCCACCAUUAUCAACCAUGACAUACACUCCAUUGCACUUCCACAUUUCGCUCGGUGGCAACAAGAAUACGGGAAAGUAUUUGUGUACUGGCUAGGAAUAGAGCCAUUCGUGUACGUGGCGGAUCCUGAAUUCUUGAGUGUUAUGUCGAAAGGUGUAUUGGGAAAGAGUUGGGGAAAACCAAAUGUUUUCAAGAAAGACAGAGAGCCAAUGUUUGGUACCGGUUUGGUUAUGGUCGAAGGCGAUGAUUGGACAAGACAUCGCCACAUCAUCACCCCUGCAUUUGCCCCUCUUAAUCUUAAGGUUAUGACAAAUAUGAUGGUGGAAUCAGUCUCCAACAUGUUGGACCGAUGGGACAUACAAAUAAACUCGGGUAAUGCCGAAUUCGACAUGGAGAGCGAGAUUAUAGGAACAGCCGGUGAGAUAAUAGCCAAGACAAGCUUCGGAGUCACCGGAGAAAACGGCACUCAAGUCCUCAAAAACCUGAGAGCCGUGCAAUUCGCUCUCUUCAACUCAAAUCGCUACGUAGGCGUGCCAUUCAGCAACAUUUUGAGUUACAAGCAAACCGUUAAUGCAAAGGAGCUAGGUCAAGAGAUCGAUGGUCUCCUUUUGUCGUUCAUAAACAAACGGAAGAUAUCUUUGGUCCAAGGAGACGACCAAGGCCACGAUCUUCUCGGAAUGUUGCUUAAGGCCGAUCAGAAAGGGAAUUUUACUGCGAAAGAGCUUGUGGACGAAUGCAAAACAUUCUUCUUCGCUGGCCAUGAGACAACGGCUUUAGCACUAACGUGGACGUUCAUGCUUCUUGCAAUCCAUCCCGAGUGGCAAGACACGCUCAGGGAAGAGAUUAGACAAGUCAUCGGAGAUUCCAAGAUUGAGUAUAACAAACUUGCCGGUCUAAAAAAGAUGAGUUGGGUAAUGAACGAGGUUCUCCGGCUAUAUCCACCGGCGCCUAACGCACAACGACAAGCCCGAAAAGACAUUGAAGUGAACGGUCGGGUGAUUCCUAACGGAACAAACAUUUGGAUUGAUGUGGUGGCAAUGCACCACGACGCUGAGUUGUGGGGAGACGACGUUAACGAGUUUAAACCGGAGAGAUUCGACGGCAAUUUACACGGUGGUUGUAAGAAUAAAAUGGGUUAUAUGCCGUUUGGAUUCGGAGGGAGGAUGUGUAUCGGUCGAAAUUUGACCACCAUGGAGUACAAGAUUGUCUUGUCAUUGGUUUUGUCCCGGUUCGAAAUCUCGGUUUCACCCGGUUAUCGCCAUUCUCCGACGUACAUGCUUUCUCUCAGACCGGGUUACGGUUUGCCUCUAAUUAUACGACCACUUUAGAUUGCAUUAACAAACAAAUAUAAAGUCUUUAUUUCA